CAGAUUAAUUCCCACAAUGCCUAGUAACACGCAUGCGCAUUUCAUUCAUUUACAAUUUUUAGACAGUGAUCUAUGAUCAAAGAUGGCGGGCACCUCCGACCCACUGGAAGAUAUGCUCUUUUCUGAGGUGGAUGAAAAAGCAGUGAGCGAUUUAGUGGGCUCUUUGGAGUCACAACUUGUCGGACAAAGCAAUCCUGCAGAUACUCAGUCGGAAAACAGAGGUGCUGGGUCUACAGUCACUGCAAACCAUCACUUAGGAAAAACGCUACCAGCCCAAGUGGGUACUACAUUAGAACAGCAACAACAACAUAAAGCUGGGAUGCACCAGGAGAUGAACUCUAAGGAAAUUAGCUCAGAGAAAACUGUUACAUCUUCUUCGAUUAGUUCUAUUCCGUCCUUAGAGGAAGCUUCCACCACUUCAGGGACCGGGGUAAACGCUACCACGAGCGGUUUGCAAUCACAUGGAACAUCAUCUAUCACAACACUGCCUGCAUCUGGUGGUGUAGCAACUUCUCCGCUUGUCAGCAGCCUCAGCACCACCACCAGCCGAGGUUCCGCUCUGGCUUCAGGUCAGACAUCAACAGACAUUGUCGAUCAUCCAAGAAAACGCAUAACUGCAUCGUUACGGAGUGCAUCCGUGGGAAUACAGAGUUUGAACGGUACCGGAGGAGCGGUAACGUCAAGGAAUAUCCCCUGCCGCGGGAACCGAUGCGUUGAUUAAAAACGUUAGCACUGUGUCUAGCAGUGCAAGUGCAGCAAACUCAAGUCGGACGGUUGACGUUACAUCUUGUGUAAAUACGACGAAUUUCACUUUAUCUAGCUCCAGCAUUUCUCAACUCAAUCAGCGAUUCCCCUGGACAAGGGGACUCCUACUAUUGCUUUGCAAAGACUACCAAGUCACAUUGUAGCGAGCAUCGCGCAGAAUGGAAAUGGCACUACCGUCUCGGCCUUGGUUAAACAAGGCGCGAUAGGACCUAUCACCUCUGCAGUAACUUCGCAAGUGAACCACAAAAAAGAGGGUUCUGAAGCGAAUUCGGACGCUCCCGUGCAGUCCAAAAUAGUAAUGUCCAGUCCGUCAAGUGUUGUCAAUUCCGUAAUAAACUCUGUUUCAUCUCCCUCUGCUGUUUUCAACCUAGCAGCGACUUCUACUGCAAGUCAUGUCAUGGCAAAGCCUGCUGUCAAUGUUGGUGGACAAACUUUGACUACAACGGUUGGCAUGGUAAGGCCAGCAUCACCGGCUGUGGCCACAGCUACACAGCCUCUGCUUCAACCGGGAGUCCCAGCGGCUCAAAGGAUUGUAGCCCCCCAACUGAUUGUCAGACCCUCAACAACAACAACAACAGACGACCAUUCAACUGCCUCCUGGGUUUACCAUCCCACCGGGAAUGGUGUUGGUGCGCACUGAGAUGGGUCAGCUAGUGAUGGUCCCUCAGCAAGCCCUUGCCCAGGCACAGGCCCAAGCCCAGGCCCAGGCCCAGAACAACAUCUCCCCCCGAACUGCCACCCCCACUGCAGGGGCCACCUUCAGAGCAACUACCCCACAGUCUCCUGUGUCCUCUCAGGCUAUUCGGCCAUGUCCUCCUCCUGUCCAGGCCAAGAUGGUGCAGUCUCCCUCUCCCACUCCUAGUCCUGUCCUCCAGAUCUCCUCCUCCCCUGCGCCACCUUCUAAGGGCCCCAUGGCGCUGACCGUGGCAGUGACGGCUCCCCAGCAGGCCCCCGUGGUGAUGGCCCCCCAGGCCCAGGCCGCCUCGCAGCCAGCCCUGCCACCGCAGACCAGUGGAGCCUCUGUCAUCUCCCAGGAGAUGCAGGAGAAUGUGAAGAAGUGUAAGAACUUCUUGGCCACCCUGAUAAAGCUGGCUUCCCACAACUCUCCGUCACCUGAGACCUCCAGAAAUGUGAAGUCACUGGUCCAGGAUCUACUGGAUGCUAAGAUUGAGCCUGAGGAGUUCACCAACAGACUGCAGUCAGAGCUCAAGUCGUCUCCUCAGCCCUACCUGGUCCCCUUCCUCAAGAAAAGCCUCCCGGCCCUGCGGCUGUCUCUGCUCAACAUUCAGCAUUCCCUGAUCCAGCCUCUGCCGCAGGCCAAAGCCGCCCCCACCACAGGCACCAGCCCUGCCAUCAUGGCUGGCCCAGCUGUCCGCAGCCGCCUCCCCAACAGCGUCAGCACCAUGGGGGCUAGUGCCGGGGCCCAGGGACACACAGCUGCCCUGGGUAUCAAGCAAGUAGGCACUGCUGGUUGCCAGGUCAGGAUGCCCAUGGUGAUCACCCCAUUAAGAACACAAGGCACGGUCGGCAAGGGAGCCACGUUCCAAGCAGGCAAAAGUCCUGUGGGCUUUGCCGUUAAGGGCUCUGGAAAUCAGAAAAACAAGCUGAACGAUCCCGGAGGCGGUUCUUUCAGGGAUGAUGAUGACAUUAACGAUGUGGCGUCCAUGGCGGGGGUGAACCUGACUGAAGAGAGCGCUCGUAUCCUGGCCACCAACUCUGAGCUGGUGGGAACACACAUCCGCUCCUGUAAAGAUGAGGCCUUCCUACCCCGGGCCUGUUACACAGACGCAUCCUGGAGACAGCUAAGAGGUUUGGAGUGUCAGAGGUACCUUUGGAGGCUGUCACCUUCAUCUCCCACGCCACCCAGUCCCGACUUCGCACUGUGCUAGAGAAGGUCUCCUCCAUCGCACAGCACAGGAUGGAUGGCUGUAAAGAUGAGGAAUGGUAUGAGCAGUCGGCAGACGUGCGGUCGCAGCUAAAGUUCUUUGAGCAGCUGGAGAGGAUCGAGAAGCAGAGGAAGG